AUGCCUCGGGGGCACAAGAGUAAGCUCCGGGCCUGUGAGAAACGCCAGCAGGCCCGUGGUGAAACUCAGGGUCUCCAGGAUGCUCAGGCUACCACAGCAGCAGAAGAGGAGUCCACUCCCUCCCCCUCUCCUCAGCCUGGAGCUGUUGUCCAGAGCCCACCAGCUGCUGCUGGGUCAUGUAGCACUUCCCAGGGGCCUCGAAGAGCACCAGCCACCACCACUGCUUCUGCAAGCGUUUCUUACACUACAUCUGGUAAAGCUUCCGACAGCCAAGAUGAGGCUAGAGCAAGCACCCCCAAGGCUCAACCCUCCACUGAGAGUUCAGGCCUAGAUUCUUUAAGCAAGAAGGCUGUGUUGUUGGAGCAGUACCUUCUGUACAAGUACAAAAUGAAACAGCCCGCCAUGAAGGCAGACAUGCUGAAGAUUAUCAACCCAAACUAUGAAGACCGCUUUGCUGAGAUUCUCAAGAAAGCCUCUGAGCACAUUGAAGCUGUCUUCGCGUUAGAACUGAAAGAAGUCGACUUACCCAGUCGCUCAUAUGAUCUUGUCAGCAAAUUGAAGCUCCCCAACAAUGGGAGGGUGCGAGGUGGCAGAGGGUUACCCAAGACCGGCCUCCUGAUGAAUAUCCUGGGUAUGAUCUUCAUAAAGGGCAACUGUGCCUCUGAAGAGGAUGUCUGGAAGUUCCUGAGUAUGAUGCAAGUAUAUGCUGGGAGGAAGCACUACAUCUAUGGGGAGCCCAGGAAGCUCAUCACCAAAGAUUUGGUGAGGCUGCAAUACCUGGAGUACCGGCAGGUGCCCAACAGUGAUCCUCCACGCUAUGAAUUCCUGUGGGGCCCGAAAGCCCACGCUGAAACCAGCAAGAUGGAAGUCCUGAAGUUCAUGGCAAAAAUCAGUGAUACCGUCCCCAGUGCUUUCCCAUGCUAUUAUGAAGAAGCUUUGCGAGAUGAAGAAGAGAAAGCCCGAGCCAUAGAUGCAGCCAGGGCUACUGCCAAAGUCUGUGCACCUUCUGGGGCCCAAAAUAAAGUAAAAGAUUGUCAAUUCCUGUCUUCCUUAUCUUUUUUAUUUUUUAGUCUGUUGAUCAGUAAAAUUAAAUGA